AUGGAGUCAAAGUAUGCAGCAAGUCAUGUCAAGCCACGAGGGCCAGGGGACGCUCGACCUACAGCUCUCCAGAUUAUCGAAGACGAAAACCAAAAAGGAAACUUGAAAGGGAAGGUAGUGUUCAUUACUGGCUGCUCGUCUGGACUCGGGAUCGAAACAGCCAGGGCUCUAAAAGCCACGGGAGCAACAAUAUAUGUGACAGCACGCAAUCUUGACAAAGCUAGGACAGCACUGGGAGACAUAUUAGAUGAGCACCAGGUUGUUCUCCUCAAGCUUGACCUAGAAUCCCUUGAGAGUGUUCGCAGCUGUGCCUCCGAGUUCAAGGCGAGAAGCAACGUGCUCAACAUAUUGAUCAACAAUGCCGGUGUACGAAUCACGCCUCCGGGCAAGACCAAAGACGGCUUCGAAACCCAGUGGGGAACAAAUCACGUCGCGCACUUCCUCUUGUUCGAGCUCCUGAAGCCAACCCUGCUUGAGUCCUCCACGCCGGGCUUCCACUCUCGCGUGGUGGCGGUUUCGUCGACCGCCCACAGGACAGCCCAUAUCGAUUUUGCGGACCUUAACAUGGAGAGCCGAGGCUACGACGGCGUGGUUGCAUAUGGGCAAAGCAAGUUGGCCAAUGUCUACAUGGCUCUCGAGAUCGAGAGGCGCUAUGGACCGCAGGGACUACACGCUUGGAGCGUCCACCCAGGAGGCAUCCGGACGGGGUUGCAGCGUCCAAACCUGUACGACGUCGUCGUAGUGCUGAAAUCUGGCCCACUCUCUACGUUGCGGUUAAUGCAAAACGCCGCCCAAGGGGCGUCGACUACAGUUUGGGCGGCCGUAGCUAGGGAGUUGGAGGGCACGGGGGGCAAGUAUCUGGAGCGAUGCCAGAUCAGCCGGCCGGCGGCGCGAGGACACAAGCCCACAGAUCCAGGAUACGCCCCUUGGGCAUAUGACGAGGUAGCGGCAAGGAGGCUAUAUGAUGUGUCUCUGGGGCUGGUAGGACUGCCGACGCAGAUGUAG